AUGAGCCCUGUCCCAUAUUCUAAUAAGGGAUUCAGGAGGCUUGCACAGGGCAAUGGAGGGGGCAGCACCAGUGGCCCUUUGAGUUUGAAUGAGUUUGACCACAAGUUCUUCGGCAUCACUGAUGCUGAAUCGAUCAACAUGGACCCUCAGCACAAACUUUUGCUGCAGUGCAGCUACAGAGCACUAGAGGAUGCUGGGAUACCAAUGGAAAAGGCCAAUGGAACGCAAACAGGAGUAUUUCUGGGCCUAAUGAACAGAGAUUUUGAGCUGGCAAAUGUGAGGAAUAAUCCAAAACACAUAGACCACACCCAUGGCACUGGUACCGCUAUGAGCAUAGCUGCCAACCGCAUAUCAUACAUAUUCAACUUCACUGGCCCCUCACUGUCCAUUGACUGCGCCUGCUCCUCAUCCCUCGUCGCCCUUCACUUAGCUUGUCAAGCCAUAAAACAAGGAGACUGUGAAAUGGCCUUGUGUGGUGGUGUGACCUGUAUAUUGGAACCAAGCAUUUUUGUGGCUCUCUCCAAGGCAAAAAUGAUCUCCUCUGAUGGAAUAAGUAAACCUUUCAGCAGCAAAGCAGAUGGAUAUGGCAGAGGUGAAGGAUGCGGGCUCGUUCUUUUAAAGCCUCUGAAAAAAGCUCUCGAAGACCAUGAUCAUAUUUGGGGUAUCAUCAGCAAAACUGCAGUAAAUCAAGAUGGCCACAGUGUUAGUCCAAUCACCAAACCAUCCAUGGUACAGCAGGAGGAACUACUUAGAAAAAUCUACUCAACAGAGACUGACCUGACUGGUGUCCAGUACAUUGAGGCUCAUGGGACUGGAACUCCAGUUGGAGAUCCAAUAGAGGCAGGUAGCAUCUCAAAAGUCAUUGCCAAAGCAAGACCUCAAAUGUCAGGGCCACUCAUCAUUGGUUCUGUUAAGAGCAAUAUUGGACACACAGAAUCUGUCACAGGUGUUGCAGGACUCAUAAAGGUUAUUUUGAUGAUGCAGCAUGAAACCAUUGUGCCAUCAUUGUUCUACUCUAUGGAAAACUCUAGCAUAGACGUUGAAUCUUUAAAUAUGAAAAUCCCCACCACAGCAGAAAAAUGGAUCAGUGACUGCAGAGCAGGGAGAUCUGCAGGAAUCAAUAACUUUGGGUUUGGUGGAACAAAUGCACAUACACAUGUCAGACAAUAUGUGCAGUCAAAAAAGCCAAAAGCUCAGCUGAUCAGCAAAUCCCAUCAGUAUUUUGUGGUCUCUGCAACCUCUGAAAAAUCCAUGAAAAAUAUUAUUGAAGAUACAGCAAAACAGAUUAGUGCAGGGAAAAUUUCAGAACUACAGACUUUACUGUACACAUCUGCAUGUAGAAGAAGUCACUUGAAACACAAAUACAGAAAAGUAUUUCAAACAUCAUCGUUGGCAGAUCUGCAAGAGAAACUUACUGCUGCUGUGGAGAAAAAGCUUGUACCAUCAAAGACAAUCUCCAAGCUAGUUUUUGUGUUUUGUGGCAAUGGUGCAUAUCAGGGUAUGUGCAAACAGCUCCUAAAACAAGAGCCAGUUUUCAAAGAGGAAAUCAUGAAGAUUGAAAGGCUGUUGCAAAGCUACAUAUGUUUGAAUCUGAUAGAGAUGCUAAGAAGUGAACCAGAGAAAAGUACAGAGCUGUCUGAUCCAAAGAUUGCCCAGCCUCUUCUGUUUGCUAUUCAGGUUGCUGUUGUCAAACUUCUGAAACACUGGGGCAUCAGUCCUGAUGCUGUUUUGGGGCACUCUAUUGGAGAGGUUGCUGCAGCUCAUUGUUCUGGUUUGUUGUCACUCGAAGAUGCAGUGAAAGUCAUCCACUAUCGCAGUUCUUUGCAAAGCACUGUGACAGGAGGGAAGAUGCUGGUAGUCAGUAAUAUGGCCAUUUCUGAAAUCUUGAAAAUUCUUCCAUCUUAUUCAGGAAGGGUUUGUCUGGCUGCUUAUAACAGUCCUCAGUCAUGUACACUCUCGGGAAAUGCAGAUGACAUUGACAGGUUCCAUCAGAACUUGAGCAACUCAGCCAGUGGAAAAGAUUUGUUCCUUCACAUUUUGGAUGUACCUGCAGCAUACCACAGUCACAUGAUGGAUCCCAUUGUAUCCAGAGUGAAAGAGAGUAUAGGUUCUUUACAGGCACAUGAUUUGGAGACAGAAUUGUUCUCAACAGUGACAGGCAUUAGUUUGUCUUCCUCAGAUUUUAUUACUGGUGAAUAUUGGGCAAGGAAUAUCAGAGAGCCAGUUCAAUUUGAACAAGCUGUGAAGUCUGCAGCUAAAAACAAAAAGAGUGUGAUAUUUGUUGAAAUUGGCCCAAGGAGAUCUCUGCAGAGGUACAUCACUGAGACUCUGGGGAAAGACUUCACUGUGCUUCCCUCAGUGCAGCCUGAUAAAGAUCACGAGACAAUGCUUGCAGUUGUUUGUAAACUGUUUGAGCUUGGGGUCAAAGUGGACUGGGAAAUGUUCUACAAAGGUUUUGAGUCUGAAUCAAUUCCCUACCCCCGAUACCAGUUUGAUGAUGUGAAGAGAGAUGUCUUAGCUUCUCGUUUGCAGUUGAUUGGUCCCACUGGCAACCAUCCAGUAGUUACACAAAUGGGCACAGGGAGUUCAGUGUUCAGCUGUGAUUUAUCUUCUGAAUCAGUGGCCUUCUUGCAAGACCACAAGCAUAGUGGGGUUGCCAUCAUUCCUGGGGCAUUUUACACAGAGUUGGGUUUAGCAACUCUCAUGGCAUAUGCAAAACCUAAGGUUCCACUAAGUUCUCUGCAGCUUAGCAUAACAUUCCAGAGUCCAUAUGUUUUCACCCGGAAUGCCCCCGAUUUAAAAGUACAUCUGGAUCCACCAGACCAUUUGGCAAGUAACACAUGUAACUUCAAAAUACAGUCUACUUCUGCACUCUAUGCAUUUGGCACAGUAGAAGCAAAACCAGGUAGAACGCCUGAAGAGCAGUUCAUUUCAUUAGACUGCAUUUACAAAAGAUGCACAUUCCACAUGACUACUGAAGAACUCUACAAGCAUCUAAGUCAAACAGGAUUUGAGUAUGGGUCUGUCUUCAGAAAUAAGGCAGAUGUUUAUUAUGGGGAACAAUUUAGAGAGGCUAUAUCUGUUUUUAAGGUCCCAAAGGAAUUACUGCCUCAAUUACAUGACUAUCACCUUCACCCUGUGGUCUUGGAUUACGUUAUGCAAAUUGUUCCUGUAACUAUAGGGCAUGACCUAUCAGCAAGACCCCAAUUUCCUGCAAAAAUAGGAAGUCUGACUGUAUUUGAACCAUUGGAAGAGGAGAUGGUUGUAUAUCUGAGAGCAGUGCAUGUGGGAGAAGAAGAUUUUGACAUUUGUGGCUGCUUAUCCAACAAACAGGGUAGGGUGUUGGUUGAACUCAGGCAUGUGAAGAUCAGAAUUCUAGGUAGUCGUUCCCAAGUAGUCAAGGAGUAUUUCUUCCAUAACGGUUUCAGUCUGACCUCUGAAGUUGUCACAUUUAAUACACCGAUUAAGGCACUGUUUUUUUCUGACCAGGUAGGAAUUUCUAAAGCUUUGCAACAGUACUUGGACCCAACACCUAGAUAUGUGUCUUCUUCAAACAGUAUUGCACUGCUAGAAGGUGGAGUUGAGCUUAUUUUGUCAAAACUGAAAAUUUCAAGUGUGACGAAAAACUUCCAGGAAAUUUUGUUCAUGUGGGGUGAUGCAGACCUAACCACUCUCGAAUCGGAGAAGGUCUUGAACAGCAUGGCGGGGUGUUGUGAGAUUUUCAGAAAGCUUAUCGGAUAUCUCAGAGCACUUCAUUUCCCAGGUGAUAUCAGAGUAAUAACCUAUAGGUCCUCUGAGAGCAUAGUGGACUACAUAAAUCCUGGGUUUGUUCUGUCAGGCAUGACAAGAGCAUGUGCAGCUGAGUUGCCAGAACUUUCCUUCCAACUGAUUGACAUGGGCUCUGGCACUUUUGAAGACAUCAAAACUUUGAUUCAGGUUCUCAGAUCAUACCCUUGUGACAAAUAUCCAGAGCUAUUAGUGAAGGAAGGCAAAAUUCUCAAACCUGAAAUCACCCACACACCUUUGCCAACCAUGGCGAUCUCUUCAAGAAAUGUCCACAUGUUGCACAAUGAAGAAGUCUUCAUCUUGCAAACAUCUGACCCAUAUGUAAUGACAAAUCUGUCAGCGACUCAAAUGGAUAAUUCCAUUGAACUCAAUCAAGAGAAAAACAUUGAUCUUCACCUCAGUAAAAUCUGUGUUCAUUCAUCAGACUACUUUCCAGUCAGCAUUUCUGACCUGAAUUAUGGUCAGACAUUGUAUUGGAACAAGCACACUACUGAAAACCAUAAGCUCUUAGCCGUUGACUUCAGUGGCACUGUCACAGCUGUGGGUAAAGAUGUCAGCAAAUUUAAAGUCGGUGAUCAUGUUGUGACUUGUUACCCUGUGGCUGCCACCUCUAAAGUAGUUCUCCCAGCAGCUGUUUGGUGCAAAGCAAAAAACCUUUCAUUCCUGAAUGACAUCCCUUGUGUCUCCUAUAUGGUACUGGCUUGGGAGAUCUUGCACAAGGCUUUACCCGAGGCUAAACAGCAAAGGAAACUGGGUAUUUUCUCCAUUGUUCCUGACUCAGCUUUGAUGAAUGUGUUAAUUGCCAUUGCAAACAGAUUAGGCUGGAAUGUCAAAGUGAGCACGCAGGCUGAUCAGCUGUCUUGUGACUUUAGUGAAGCUGUGGGAGCUGUUCUUCUACCUCCUUAUUAUCUAAAAAACAUUGAACUUGCUAGCAGUGUUAGAGGCAUCAAAGACAUUGUUCUUGUCUACGAAAACCAGACAGAAUUUCCAUUUAAUACUACUACAUUCAAAGGUACAAAUGAGGAGGUCCACUUCCAUACCCUCCUCAUGUCCCAAAUAAUGCAAAAAGGGUCUCUACAAAUCCAAAUGCCACACAUCUACCGUUGGCUAAAAUCCAUGCAUUUGGACAGAAAAGCUUUGUCUUUGGACACAACAGUUGUUGUGAAAUUUCAAGACAUUGAUCUUAUGUCUGUAAAAGAAUCUGAAUCAUACUUCACAUGCCAGAUCCUACCCAUUAUCGUCCUGAACAGUGAUGCCAAGAACCAGCUGUCUGACAUUCCAGUGAUGCCCAAACACCGUCUAUUCCAUAAAAAUUUGGUCUAUAUUGUCACAGGUGGUCUAACAGGGUUGGGAUUUGAGACAGUAAAAUUCAUUGCUCAAAAAGGAGGAGGGAAUAUUGUCAUUCUGUCUAGGAGUAAUCCAAACCCUCAGAUGCAACAAGAGAUAUGUCAGGUCAGUAGCCGCUGGGGUUCUACCAUUAAGUCUCUGCCAUGUGAUGUUUCUGUAUCUGAGCAAGUGGACCAGACAAUUGUACAAUCUCCCACUCCGCUCCCAGCAGAGUGGGAGCGGAGCUCAUGUCGGACAACAUCUCCAGGACGCUACGCUCCAUGUGACUAG